UUCUUCUUCUAGAAAUAAGAGAAAAGGUAGCAUUGGUUAGUGGCAAGCAUAUCGAUUAAAAGCCAAACUUCGAUUCGAUCGAUCGUCAGGGACCAGGAAGACGAGGACAGAAGUGGAGAUAAGCGAUUUCAACAAUUAUAUCCUGGUGAGCGGGGGUUUGAAUAUUGCAGAGACGGGGAGAGAAGCCAGCUAUGCCAGAGCGUAGAUAUGCGUUUGGGAGGCCGGAAGAGGCCACUCACCCGGAUUCCAUGCGCGCCACCUUGACGGAGUUCCUCUCCACUUUUAUCUUCGUCUUUGCUGGCGAAGGAUCCAUCCUUGCUCUCGAAAAGAUGUACGGGGCGGACAGAGGAUUGGCAGCAUCAGGGCUGGUGAUGGUUGCGGUGGCACACGCCUUAGCACUGUUUGCGGCGGUGGCAUCGAGCAUGAACGUGUCGGGAGGACACGUGAAUCCGGCGGUCACCUUUGGGGCUCUAGUUGGCGGCAGGGUCUCCCUCCUCCGCGCCUUAUACUACUGGGUGGCUCAGCUCUUGGGAUCGGUUCUCGCCACUCUUCUGCUGAGGCUGGCCACCGACGGCAUGAGGCCACUUGGGUUCUCGGUGGCCCGUGGAGAGGGAGACUGGAAUGCACUUCUGAUGGAGACUGUCAUGACCUUCGGGCUGAUGUACACGGUGUAUGCCACCGCCAUCGAUCCCAAGCGGGGGAGCCUGGCCACCAUUGCACCUUUGGCCAUAGCCUUUAUCGUGGGAGCAAAUAUCCUCGUGGGGGGCCCUUUCGACGGGGCUUCCAUGAAUCCAGCAAGGGCGUUCGGCCCCGCUCUAGUGGGAUGGAGGUGGAGCAACCACUGGAUCUACUGGCUGGGUCCCUUCAUCGGAGCUGGGCUUGCAGGCCUCAUCUACGAGUUCGCCGUCAUUCAGUCGGACGAGACCCCACACCAUGCCCACCACCAGCCCUUGGCUCCAGAAGACUACUAAGCUUACGCCGACCCCUCACCCACUUCUUCCUCCAUCAUCAUCGUCAUAUAUACAUAAACAUAUCCUCGUCCCUUUGUGAAAAAGAAAACUACCACAAGUCUGCAAUGCUUAGCUAGCUUUCCCUUGCCCCCCGGUUCUUUGACUUUUUUUCUUUGCCGUUUCGGUGUUCGGUGUUCCGUUGCGUACGUGUCCGCAAUACGAGCCUUGUCUUUUGCCACUUGCCAGCAUGUAGACUUUCAUAAUAAAUAAAUAAAUAAUAUAAUGGCGAUGACAAUGAUAAUUGGCUGAAUAACUACAACUUCUGUUAUAUUCUUACUCGUUUUAGCUUUUUCUAAUACAUUUCUGUCUUUUCCUCUUUUAACGGCCAUGAAGAUAGGGGCACAUUUGGAUUUGGUGUAGAAUAGAAAUGACAUUGAAGUAUCACAAAUAAAUCACGAUAUUUUAAUUAUUUAUACGGAAAACUUUUACCCGGAUGCAUUCACAUGCACAUCAUUUGUACCAUGCAGCAAAUAUAUAAUAUCUACAGUAUAAAUUUCAAAAAAAAAAAAAAAGAAAAGAAGAAAAA